AUGAUCAAAGACCUGGUGCCGCCUGAUAUGCGGGUUGCCAACGACACCGUGGACCUGGUCAUCGCUUGCUGCACAGAGUUCAUUCAGCUGGUGUCCUCGGAGUCAAACGAAGUCGCCACGCGGGAGAGCCGGUCCAUUAUCCACCCGGACCAUGUCGUCCGCGCGCUCACGGAGCUGGGCUUCCAGGGGUUCGUGGGGGAGGUCACGGCCGCCUGGGAUACAUUCAAAGAAGAAACGAAAACCGCCCAUUCUCGGAAGGCGGAUCUCCGGAAGACCGGUGCGGAGCAUGCGGGGCUGUCGGAGGAGGAACAGAUCCUGCUUCAGCAGCAGAUGUUCGCUCAAGCCCGAGCCCAGUCCAUGACCACGUGCGAGUCAGCGGCGGCCAUGCAUGCCGCGUACGAACAAGCCAUGGCGGCACAGCAGCAGCAGCAGGGCGCACCCGGCACCGGGCCGCUGCCGCCAUACCAGCCCUAA